AUCUGCAAAUCUGAACAUGUAAAGGAUCAUGGCUGGAACUGCAGUUUGCCUGGGAACAUUCUCUGCUGUGAAGACACUCUGGGAAGUGAGAAUACACAAGAUAAAUGAAGAAUUACAGAAAGAAAAGGAAUUCAGGCAGAGGUCUGCAGGAAGGCUACUGCUUGUCUGGGAGGAGAGAGCUGCUUUAGCAAAGCUCAAAGAAAAAGUUAUUAAUGAAGGUGGAAGAGCAAUUUUAAGGAUAGAGGAAGAAGAAUGGAAGACAUUACCUUCGUGCUUAUUGAAAUUAAUCCAUCUCCAGGAAUGGCAACUUCACAGAACUAGUUUGCAGAAAAUCCCUCAGUUUAUUGGAAGAUUUCACAGCCUUGUUGUUCUGGAUCUAUCCCGGAACUCAAUUGAAAGUGUACCAAAAGAAAUUGGCCAGCUGACCAGCCUUCAAGAGCUGCUUCUCAGUUACAACAGAAUAAAAUCUGUUCCUAAGGAAAUAAGUAACUGCAUUAGUCUGGAAAGAUUGGAACUGGCUGUCAACAGAAGUAUCUGUGAUCUUCCUCCUCAGCUCAGUGAUUUAAAGAAGCUGUCACACAUAGAUUUGUGCAUGAAUCAGUUUACUGCCAUCCCUCCAGCUCUUCUCAACAUGCCAAAUCUGGAAUGGUUAGAUAUGGGGGGAAACAAACUCCAGGAGCUUCCUGAUACAAUUGACAGAAUGGAAAACCUCCACACUUUAUGGCUCCAAAGGAAUGAAAUAAACUCUUUGCCAGAAACCAUUGGUAAUAUGAAAAAUCUUAGUACUCUUGUUCUUAGUAACAACAAACUUAAGGAUAUUCCAGCUUGUAUGAAGGACAUGACAAAUCUGAGAUUUGUCAACUUCAGAGACAACCCACUGGAGCUUGAGGUAACACUCCCUCCAUGUGAGAACACAGACGAGGAGGAGCAACAGGAAAUGUUUGGCAUUGACUUCAUGCACUUGUAUAUCCAGGAGUCACUCAAGAAAACAGGAAAUGUAGAAAAUUGUACUUCUGAUUCUCCUCCUGUUGUGGAUCCUAAUGACUAAAGAAUGUAACUGUGAAUGGAAGAAAAAAA